AGCUUUUCGGGUUCGGCUGCCAAGACUUGCCCGGAACUUGCUUGGAAGCUACUUUCCAUCAGCCCAAAAAGGUCUCAUGGCUUUUAUGUGCGGGUGCUGCACUGAUGAUCAGGGCCAAGCCGUCGAGGCUGUUGGCUCCGCCAUUGACCAACUGAAUGACAAACCCAAAGUCUCAACACCUGCAGAGCCGGAGGAGGCCAAAUAUGGAGAGCCUAUCGGGGCCAGCCCACGCAAUGACAGAGAGUUCGAGGUCGUCAUUGAAAAAAGUCCUGGUGAUCCACGGAUAGGCCUGGACAUUAGCGUGGUUGGUGGCAAGGUCUUGAAGGUGUGGAAAGUCAAAGAGGGCUUGGUGAACGAGUGGAACAAAAGACAGCCUGAGGAGAUGCAGGUCAAAUCUGGAGAUGCCGUUGUUGCCGUGAACGGCAAAAGGGGCAGUGCCGACCAACUACUCGAACAAGUUGCUAAGGGUAUGAAAGUCACCAUCCUGUGCUCACGAGGAAUGUUCGCUUGAUUGGCCUGAUUCGAGGAAAUGAGGAAAUGAGAUGAGCUUUCUUUGGCGGAAUCAAGUUCUGCCAUAGGAAGUCUAGGCCUGUUUCUAAAGGGACUGGCACUUAGAUCUUUGCUUGGCUCUCUCAAUUCAAUGACUCACGAUCAAUGUGUUGCUUGUACGGAGGUCUUUUGGUGUGGUAUGGAAUUGUAUAGCAAGUUCGAAUCCUGAGAGUUAUCCCAAAGGGUGCCAGAAGCGUUUGGUUUCUCAAAAGAGUUAGUGACAGACCGCCUCCGAGAACUGCAAAUUUGAGGCCUUAGGCCUGCCCAGAAGCCUGUUUCACCUAGUGACUUGAAUGACAACGUUUGCGAAC